GGAGAAAUAUAGUUAAGAUGAGAUAUAAAUCAACUCAGAAUGAAGACCUUGCAGCUGCCCGGAUCAUGAGGACUGAUAACACAACCACAGAUAGUUCAUCUGGACUGGAAUCGGCUCUCGAACACAUAGAGACAUUCUCACUGGUGGUCUACUGUGUGAUUAUAGUGGUUGGGACAGUGGGAAAUGGUCUGGUCAUCUAUGUGACCGGCUUCAAGAUGAAGAAGACAGUCAACUCUGUGUGGUUUCUCAACUUGGCUCUGGCAGACUUCCUCUUCACAGCGUUCCUGGUGUUUACAGCAGUCUCUCUCUCUCAGAAGCAUCACUGGCCUUUUGGACAGUCUAUGUGUAAACUCAACAACUUCGUGAGCUUGGUCAACAUGUUUGCCAGCGUCUUUUUUCUGAUGGUCAUAAAUCUGGAUAGAUGCCUGUCCACAUGGGUGGUGGCAUGGGCACAAAAUGAGCGCACCGUCUUUAAGGCUCAAAUCAUCAGUGUUGUAAUCUGGUUUGCUGCAGGGAUCUGUAGCACACCUUCUGCCUGCUUUCGCAUUGUGACCUACCAGGACAAUAACACCCAGUGCGUUUACAAUGCUACCAUGCAACAAAAACGGUCUCUGUACACUUUCCGCUUUGUUGUGGGCUUCCUCAUCCCAUUCUUGGCAAUAUUUCUCUCUUAUGUGGCAAUAGGAAUACGUUCCAAGCGUCUUCAAAAUGUGAGGAAACACUUAUCUCAUCGUGUAAUUGUUUUCAUCAUUGUUGCAUUCUUCAUCUGCUGGCUGCCAUUUCAUGUUAUGAGUUUUAUAGAAUUAGCUUCCAGCAAUAAACAGGACCUUACGAUUAAGAUUGGAGGUCCUUUGACUCUGAGUCUAGCUUUCAUGAACAGCUGCCUGAACCCCAUCCUCUACGUUUUCAUCCGAGAUGACUUCCAAAAUCAGCUUCAUCAGUCUGUGUGCUUUGUUGUAGAAAAUGCUCUGGCAGAGGACCUUUUGCCAUCUGCAUCCUCUCGUUUCUUGUCACCACAGUUGCUACGGGCUGAUAGAAAAUCAGAGUCCUCUGUUCCUGUUGUUAAGGAAAAAUGA